AUGCUUACCAGUAUCAUGAUAGCCGUCGACUUCGGGACGACGUAUUCUGGCCUAGCAUUCAGUGAUCCGUCCCAGCGAACCGACGCUGCUAUCCCGAUCACUGACUGGGGUCGAGGAGUAAGUAGCCAAAAAGUUCCAUCUGAAAUCCGUUUCGACGGCCCAGGAAAUGAGCAGUUCAAAUGGGGUUUCCAGAUCAAGCAUGGCCAGGAAAGACAUAUCUGGUUUAAACUGGACUUAGAUCCGGACAAUUCCCGAGUUGGCAAAUUGACCCAGCUCUCAAGGACACUGAAGGAUCUCUUCGUGUCACCACCUGAAUAUCAGCGGACUACAGAGGAUAUCGUAGCCGCAUACCUGACAGGUCUACGCAGGCAUGCUGUCGCUCAUUUAGAGAAACUUUACGGUUCUGCAGUUAUGAAAGACUGCCAGCUCGACUGGAUAAUCACUGUGCCUGCCGUCUGGUCUGAUCUGGCCAAAAAGAAGACGCGAACUGCGGCGAUGAGAGCCGGUAUGGGCGACACCACAUCUCUUCAGAUGACAUCGGAGCCUGAAGCGGCCGCUGUCUACGCACUUAAAGCGCUGGACCCGCACCAUAUCAAGGUUGGAGAGAGCGUGGUGAUUUGUGAUGCCGGUGGAGGCACUGUGGAUUUGAUCACGUACAAGAUGAAAUCUGUGGAUUAUCCGUAUGAGGUGGAGGAGACUGCUAUUGGCGGGGGCAGCCAGUGUGGGAGUACCUUUUUGAAUCGAAAGUUCGAGGAAGUUUUAAUGAGGAAGCUCAACGACAAGCCUAUCUCCAAAAAUGCAAAGGCGAUGUUCACUGACCCUUAUGCAUCUCAGGCAAUGAGCCAUUUUGAAAAGGAGACAAAACGUAAUUUUGGAACUGAGGAUGACGACGAAGAUGAAGAAGAUAUUGAGUUCCAGAUUCCCAUUCCUGGAGUCGAAGACGAUGCCAGCGUCGGCAUCUGCGCUGGAUUCUUGGAGAUGACUUACGCUGAAAUGAAAGAUGUCUUCCGGCCCGUGAUAGAAGAAGUGCUUGCAUUGCUAAACGAUCAGAUCAAAGCGGCAUCCAAGCAUGGUCCCAUCAGCGCAGUCAUCCUCGUUGGCGGCUUCGGGGAAAGUACUUACCUCUACCGCCAAAUUAAGCAGGCUGUCUCACCAAUUCCAGUUCUACAGCCUCCUAAUGGAUGGACUGCAAUUGUCCGUGGAGCGGUAAUGAAAGGCAAAUCGCAACUUUCUGCUACACCUAGUUGGAAUGUUAAAUCGCGAUAUUGCCGUGGAAAUUAUGGUUUGGUAUUGUGGGUGCCAUGGAAGGAGGGUAUGCCAACGGACAAAAAAGUUUGGGAUAAGUACGAAGGCCUCUAUAAGCAUUCAGAAUGCAUGCAGUGGUGUAUCAGACGGGGCGAUAAAGUCCAAGAAAAUACGCCAAAAUCCUUUCCCCUCUACCGCGCCGUCCCGCUCGAUGAUUCCCUGGUAUUCUCCAGCUCGAUAUACUAUUCUCCGCUGGAUGGAUCGAAUGCGCCCGUCUAUUUGAAUCAAGACUGCCGUGAACAUUGCGUAUUAAACUACAACCUUUCCUCAAUCCCACGCUCGAAAUUCAAGCGCAGGGUAGGAGACCACGGCGAGGACUACUAUGAGGUCGAAUAUUCGAUUGAUAUUACUUAUUACUCGGCAGAGAUGAAAUUUGACCUUGGGAGAAAUACGGAAGCGUCACGGCGAAGUGGCUCGAGUAGUAAUUAUUCCUCAGAUCGCAAGAUUGAUACUUCCACUCCCUAUACCAAAACAACAUCAACAAUCGACAAGUAG